UUCACUCUGGAUAUUCUGAAGAGUCACCCCUUGAUUGUUGCACACUUUUUUCCUGACCAGUGGCUGAUUUGUAGUUUGUACCACCAAAAGAUUCACUGAGUUUUCUCAUUUUUUUCGUAUUUCCCUUUCAUUUCUUAUGUCGGUCAUUUUUGAUAAGGUGCGUCACUUCCGGAUGUCAGAUGGAGCGACAGCAGCGGCUAAAGCGAGGAAACCCUGCUGUGUCGUUUGACAGGUGAUGGGGGCAGACAGUGGCCCGGGAGCUCCUGCUCCCGUCCCGUGGCGUAAAGUCCUGUAUGAACGCCAGCCCUUUCCAGACAAUUAUGUGGACCGCCGCUUUCUGGAGGAGCUGCGGCGCAACAUCCGUGUGCGUCAGUACCGUUACUGGGCGGUGGUGCGUGAGACGGGGCUCAUCGCGCAGCAGGUGUCCUGUGUGGCCCUCUUCCUCACGUUAUGGUCUUGUAUGGAGCGGGGAGCGCUGGUGCCGUCCGCCGUGCUCUGGGUCUGUCUGACCUGUGCUCUGCUGGGAUACGGACUCUAUGAGAUCCUGGGAGGCUCUUGUGUUCGGGAGCGAACGCGCCUGGCAGACCUGCAGAGCGCGACCAUCUUCCUGGCAUUUACUUUUGGGUUUUCACCAGUUUUAAAGACUCUAACCGAGUCAGUCAGUACAGAUACCGUUUACGCCAUGUCAGCUGUGAUGCUCCUGGCUCACUUGGUGUCCUUCCCGUAUGCUCAGCCCAGUCCCCCGGGCAGUCUUUCCCUCAACGCGGCUCUUUUCGGGUCGGUGUGUCUGGCGUCCCGGCUGCCUGGCGCCCUGCACACCUUCACCAUGCUGAGCUGUGCCCUCCUGGUGUUCGCUCUGUGGCCCUGUCUGCUGCACCGCAUGCGGGAGAAGGCGGAGUGGAGCUUCCCGUGGGCGGCCGUGCUGGUGUGUCUGGCUGGAGUCGGGGGUCUGGGGAGCCUGUGGCCCGAGGGGGCUCUUCUCCUCGCGCUGGCUCUGUUAACAUUAACUUUAGUCUGUCCACUGUUGCUGGUUCACCUGCAGAGGCACAAGGACAACAUCCACGGCCCUUGGGACGAGGCAGAGAUUAGAGAGGACCUGUCCCGCUUCCUGAAUUGAAACUGCCUACAGGGUUUUAAGAGCGUUUUAAAUGAUGCUUUUGAUAGACUCCCUUCGGUGGGAUGGGUUUGAGAGUCUUUGCACGUUUCCUAAAAGGAUAGCUAGUUCACCUAAAAAUCUGUCAUCAUUUACUCCCCUGAAGUUGUUACAGACCUGUACGUGUUCCUUUCUUCUGUGGAACAUGAAAGAAAAUGUUUUGAAGAAUAUUGGUAACAUUGGCUUCCAAAAAACACGGGUAUUUCUUAAAAUAUAUACUUUGUGUUCUGCAGAAGAAAGUCAUACAGGUUGCAAAUAAAAAACAAGAGUGUGUAAAUGUAAAUGAUGUAAAUGAUGACAGAAUUGAUAUCUUUGGGUAAGCUAUGCCUUUAAGCUCAGGGAAGAAUAAGAAAGUUACAUUUCAUGUUGCCAAUAUAAAAUACAACUAAACUAUUAAACGGGUGAACCUCAUGAAAA